AUGACCGAGGAUAUCCCCGUAUAUGCCGCGGCCCUCCUUCUCGAUCCUUCUAAACGCAAGAGCUAUAUUGAAGAAUGUUGGCCCGAGGAAUGGCACGAGGGCGCGUUUGCCGCCGCCCGUUGUCUCUGGAAAGAAGAAUACAAUCACGACGUCGAGAUACAUCUCUCAGAGCAGUCUUUGGCUGUGCCUACAUUAUUAAAGCGAAAGAAGGAUACGAUGCUCUCAAAGAUGCGCUUAGAGCAGAGAUGGCCGGAUUCCGAUGAAAGUCCUCCCAUCUUGGCUUAUGUGAUGCUUCCUGACAAUGGUUUAAAGACACAAGCUACAACCAGAUUACGCGUGUCCUAUAUCUUUCUACCUUGUAUCAAGAGGACUGCCCAUGAUAUCUUUGCAUAG